ACGCGCGUGGGAGAGGCUGGUCACUGGUCACUGGUGUUCAAUGCUCAUCCAUCGGCCUUGGGUCCCGGCCACGGCUUCCAAACGCUGACUGACGUACGCGUGCCUCUUGCUCUUUACUUGCUGUCUACGAGUAGUUUCACCAUCUUCGACUCCCCCACUCUCGCCUGCGCCACUGUGAAUUGACACAUGUGCAUACCCUCAGAAUGCCCUCUAUACUGAACGACGACGACAAGCAGAAUGUCAAGCGGCAGGUGCCCAAGGCUUCCAACAAGAUCCAUGCCGUCGCCGUGGCCAAGUUGUACAUUGCCUACCCAAACCACAAUCGAUGGCAGUAUACCGGCCUGCAGGGCGCUGUAGUCCUCGCCAAUGACCUGGUCGGCAAUACCUUCUGGGUCAAGAUGGUCGACGUCUCGCCCGCCAACCGCGGCGUCAUCUGGGACCAGGAAAUCUACGACACGUUCCAAUACAACCAGGACCGUACCUUCUUCCACACCUUUGAGCUCGAGGACUGCCUGGCCGGUCUGUCUUUUGCCGAUGAGAAGGAAGCAAAGCAGUUCAAGAAGAAGAUGGACGAGCGCGAGAAGAAUGCACACAAGAAUACAAGAAACAAGCCCUUUGGCAGCGGCAGUGGCACUUCUCAGAGCUAUGCUUCACCCAGUGCCGGCGGUGGUGGCUCGACCAAACAUCGCUUCGGACUCAGCAGUCUGCUGCCUGGACAUCGCCAUUCCAAUGCCGCCCCUCCCCCCGCUCAGUCCAUUAUUCCUCCACGUGAGAUGACUAUCAGCCAUGCCGCGCCUGCUCGCCCUACGCCAUCUCACAAUCUGGACAUGUCAGAUCCCGUUGUGCAAGAAGUCCUUAACCAGCUACUGGGCAUGGGCAUUACCGAGGAUCAACUAGAGGAGCACUCUGGCUUCAUUCAGACAUACCUCGAACAGCACAAGGCCAGUGCUGCUGCCGAAGAAGAGCGCAAAGCUAGAGCUCCUCCACCACCCCCUCCUGUCGCUGCACAGAUGUCCCCCCAAACCACAGGAGGUAGUGGAACCAACUCCAGACGCGGUCCUCCGCCUGCUCCACCACAGCCUAGGAGGGGUGCAGCACCGGCGAGACCUCCAUCACCCUCUCCUUCGCCUCCACGCGCUCCCUCGCCUCCGAGACCUAUGUUUCGUGCUCCUCCUCCAAUUGCCGAUGCUGGAAAGUUCGCCAAUGCUCCUCCACCACCUGCCAGGUCAAGGGCUACCUCUUCUGUCGCUCCUCCCCCUCCACCACGUAUUCCAGCAAGAGCGCCAGCCGAAGAACCAUCUUCGUCCAAGUUUGGUGUUCCUCCUCCUUUUGCGGGUUCUCGUAUUCCAUCCGGUCCUCCUCCCACACCUGCCAGAGGCCCUGUACCCCCUCCUCCCCCAGCCAGGAACAAUGUCGCCUCCCCUGGUAUUCCCAUGCCACCCCCACUGCCUCCAAAGACUCCCAACUCGGGUGCUCCUCCUCCACCACCUCUUCCUCCGCCAUCUGCUCGUCCUGUUCCGCCUCCUCCUGCUACUGGCAAUCUUCCGCCCCCUCCCCCUCCUCUCCCACCAUCAGGUGGUGCUCCACCGCCUCCGCCUCCGCCUCCACCAAUGCCUCCUAUGGGUGGCGCUCCUCCACCUCCUCCAUUGCCACCAGGCCGUGCUCCCGGUGGAGAUGCACCAGCACCUCCACCUUUGCCCCCAGUCGGCGGAGGCGGCAGAGACGAUCUUUUGGCCUCCAUCCGAGGUGGUGCCCGUCUCAAGAAGGUAUCAGAUCAAGAGAAGAAAGACCGCAGUGCUGCAGCAGUACCUGGUGGUGAACCUGCUGCUUCAGCCAGUACUGGUGGCGGCGGCGGUGAUGCUGCUGCUGGCGGUGGUCUUGCCGGUGCUUUGGCUAGUGCGCUCGCUGCGAGAAAGUCCAAGGUCAGCCAUAGUGAUGACGAAGACGACAAGGACGAUUGGUAGAUUUUUGCAAAGAAGUGAUUCAAAGGCGUAUCCAUUUUUAGUCGAGCGAGGUGUUUUUAUCAGAGAUACCACCGAUAGCGCACUCCUCCAUUACAGGGGACAAAUAUUGUCAAUCUAUCAUAUAUCAAGGCUGUCACGCCGCUUUUCCAGUAGUAUAGAGUUCCGAUCAGCAAUGAUCCAUGUCAAACAC